GCAGCAGCUGUGUUAGUAUGUAAUCUUACACGAGUUGGAUGCACCACUUGAGGGUUACAGAGGAGGAAGGUAGCAGCAUUCAUGGAUAUUGUGGACACUUUUAACCAUCUAAUACCGAGUGACCAGUUGGAUGACUCGCUGAUAGUUGGUCAGAAUCUGGAAUGUGAAGCCAAUAAUGAAUUUUGUCCAGGAAUUCCACUUGAAGAUUCACUGAAAAACAUGCUUAGUGAUAAAGAUCCUAUGUUUGGGUCUGCAAGUUCACAAUUUAAUCUAUUGGACAGCGAAGAUCCUGCUUUUCAAAUUGCUGGUCUUGAUGGUGGUACCAUGUCUUCAGGGCUUAGCAGUGAAGUAACAGUUGCAGAAACUCCACCUGUCAAACGGCCUGUUGGCCGGCCCAGGAAACGUCCUUGUCAUGUAGAAAAUGAAUGUGCAGCCAACAAUGCCUCACAACCAAAUCAGACGGAUGUCGCUACUGUACGCAGAAGGCCAGGCAGGCCUAGAAAGCAGCCCAUUGCCUUGGAUAACUCAUUUACGAUUGACAAAGGAGUGACAGGUGUCAAGUUAAAACAAGAACUAAUUAAUGGUGGACGCAUCAACAUAAAUGAUUGUGAAGGUGCAUUAUGGCUACAACCCAAUGUUAUUUUGAGAAAACUGACCGUAACUAUUGGCGGAUUUAGGAUUGAGCUACUUCCAGGACCUGGAUAUACUCAGACUGUGCAUGACAGCUUUGAGGAUAGCAUGGCUUACAGUGGGGACAUCGGAUUUACAGUGUUGCAGGAUGCUACUCUUGAUAUACAAUCACAUUUAACAGACAAUAUACAAGCAAUAGACAUUGUAAAAAGUUGUGUGGAUGAUGCAGCUCUUGGGCUGGGCCCCUAUGUAAAUCCUAAUGAAGUGCAAACUGCCAAUGGGACAUUACAAGGCACUCAGUGUGAAGCAGAUGCCAAACUGGACAAUCAUGCUGGAAAGCAAACAAACGACAAUGAGCAAAAAGAGACUGCUGAACCACAACAAAAGGUUAAUGACAAAACGAGUAACAACAUUGAGAAAAGUCCAGACAAACCACACCCAUAUCCGCUCAAGUUACACAAGCCAAAGCAAGACCUUGCUUCCAUUAAGAAUAAAAAAAUGGUUUCAGGUCUGCAACACACCAUCACCAAGAAACCCAAGCCAUUGCAAAACACACAACCAAAACUCUUAAACAGAGAUGAAAAACAUGUCACAAACAUUGUUAAAGACAAAAAGGGUAUUGUGUCUUUAAAAAGGCCCAUUGAAAAUGCUCAAAGUGGUCAUCACAAUAAGGUCCAAAAGACUCAAGUAAUGGCAGACGUUAAAGUCAAGCCAAAGCUGCCCACUUCACCAAUGGCUUUAGUGAAAAAGAACUCAGUCUCUGGCCAUCGAGAACAACAUGGACCCAGCAAACCAACCCCUCCACAGAACAAAGUUGAGAGCAUGCAUCCAACUCACAGUCGCCCUGGCCAAUCUGUAAAGUCACCUGAGGCGUCUGGACCUGAAAAGCUUAAAGUAAAAAAGCCAGAGAAGCUAGUUCAUAAACAGAGAAGUAGGACCAUCUCAAUAGAGGAGCCGGAGCUGUUCAUCCCAGAUAAUGCACCUGUGAAAAAAGAAAGUUCUGAGGAGCCACCUGUCGCCAACAGUGAGGCACAAUGGGAUGGGUGCAAUUCUUGUGGACUGUGCAAGAAGCCGCAUAACAACAUGUUUAUGGUGGGGUGUGGUCGCUGUGACGAUUGGUUCCAUGGCGACUGUGUGGGUCUGGAUUUGAUAAAAGUUCGAGAGAUGGAGGAGGAAGACCAGAUGUAUGUGUGCCUGAAGUGCUGUGAAGAAGAGAGCAAGAAAGCAGAGCCUGAGCCUCCAGGUGCACUCAAACCUGAAGUUAAAAAUGAAGUCCAGGAUCCUAAGAUGUCCCCCACCAAACCUAGAGCUGGGCCCUCCCAGAGUGUCCCAUCAGGGGGGAUCCCUGCUGUAAGAAAGGAGCCUGAUCGCCGGCAGUCCAUAGACCACAAACCUGCCAUUUAUUCAAAACAAGAUGUCAAAAGCAAACCUUCCUCAUCCUCGAAGAAGCCUGUGUCUGUGGAACAAAUCAGGCGAAGUGUGCGCGAUUCCUUAAAAGAAAUUCUCACACAGAGGUUGAAAGAGUCCAACUUAAACGUCAGUGUGGAGAAGGCGCAUGAAAUUGCCAAGAAAACGGAACGCGAGUUGUUUCACUUGUACAAAGACACUGACAGCAAAUACAAAAAUAAGUACAGAAGUCUAACGUUCAACCUUAAGGAUACUAAAAACAAUGUUCUGUUCAAGAAAGUUCUCAAGGGUGAAAUUUCUCCUAGCAACCUCAUUCGAAUGAGUCCUGAAGAAUUAGCCUCAAAGGAGUUGGCUGCUUGGCGACAAAGAGAAAAUCGACAUACAAUUGAAAUGAUUGAGAAGGAGCAAAGGGAGGCAGAGAGGCGGCCGAUCACAAAGAUCACGCACAAAGGUGAAAUUGAAAUCGAGAGCCUUGAACCAGUGAAGGCACCCGAGACGGUUGAGCCUGUGCUGCCUCCCAAAGCCCCGCCUGUGCCCUUACCAGAGCCAGUAGUAACACCAGAAAAGAAAGAAGAGAUUGGCCCACUUGAGAAGGAUACCACAGCACAACACAAGUCACACUUAUUUGACCUGCACUGCAAAAUCUGCACUGGUCGUAUGGCACCCCCGGUGGAAGAGGCUCCAACUAAAGUGGUCAAAGUCGCUACUACGGUUAUUAGGAGACAGUCCACUAAAGCAGAAGAAACUAAGAAUACCACCACCCCACCUCCUAUUGACGAUGACCUGCACCUUAGUGUGCUGGAGGAGAGUCUUCAGAAUGCAAAGUCGGGCUACAGCACAAAGCUGGACACUUCUGCAACAAAGGAUGAAACUGGUACUUUCCUGGCUGGCUUAAAGUCCUUGUGGCGUGGAUUUCUUCAUAUGGCCUCUGUAGCUAAACUUGUAACCAAGGCCUUUCCAGUUUCUGGCAUUUUAGACCAUUUGACUGAAGAUCUACCCGAUAGUAUUCAAAUUGGUGGGAGGAUUGGUCCACAGAUCGUGUGGGAUUAUUUGGAGAAGAUUCGGGCAACUGGAACCAAAGAGGUGUGCUUGAUCCGAUUCUCUCCUGAGACUGAAGAAGAUGAGAUCUCCUACACUUUGCUCUAUGCCUACUUUAGCAGCCGUAAACGCUUUGGUGUGGUGUCAAACAACUUAAAACAAGUGAAGGAUAUGUACAUCAUUCCUUUGGGUGCUACUGAAAAAGUGCCACAUCAGCUCGUACCAUUUGACGGACCAGGCUUGGAGAACAACCGUCCAAAUCUUCUUCUUGGACUCAUAAUACGCCAGAGACCAAAGAGAGAUUAUAUUUCUGUGGAAAGUGAAACAAGGCCUGCUCCAGAAGUUAAGCACAGUACAGUGUCAUUAAAAGAAACCAAAUCAUCACAAGAGGAGGAUGAGCAGUUGUACCUCUCCAGUUUGACCCGCCCACUCAGAAAAGAGAAGGACAAACCACUUGACACUACUGAAAAUGCAGAAGAGGAAGAUGAGCCAUUGGCAUUUGAAGACCCUCCUGCUUCAGAGGAGGGGAACAAUCAGGGAGCCAAAAAGCCACGCUUUCUACCAGGUGUUCUGCUUGGCUGGGGUGGGAUACUGCCUCCACUGCCAGAUGUUUUUGGGAAAUCUUCACCAUCAGCAGCUGCAGAUGAUUCAAAGAAGACACCCACCCAGGCUGCAAAAACAGAGACAUCAGCAUCUGGAAACUCCCUCAAAAGUCCCACAUCUGUUACGCCACGUGAUCGCUUCCUCAUCAAGAAGAAAGAUGUGAAAACUGCUAAAGUUGAGCCCGAGCCGCCCAAACCCACUGAUGCAGCCAAAAGUGUCCCAUCAACAGAUACAACGGUGGCCGUUAUUCAGAAUUCAACCAUCACUUUGAAAGAUAAGCCUCCAGACGUGUCCACUGAAGUGUUCCUGGCCAGAUUGUCCACAGAGCAAAGCAGUGUGGCCAAAGGGGAUGCUGCUGUUGUUGUGAAUGAGGUUAAUAAAACUACAAAUGCAGAAUCGCAAAAUCCCACAACUACAGCAGAUGGCGCUAAACCGCUUAGUGGUAUAUUGAAAAAAUCUUCAGCAUAUUCUACUAGUGCAAAUGAAGGUACAAAUGAGGUGCUACCAACUGAAAAAGCUGACAAUGCUCAAAGUCAUAAAACUGUUUGUGAUGUGGUUGAAAGUGACCCGGUAAUGUCAGUUGUUUCCCCAACACCAGUGAAAGUACACGAGCAAACUACAACACACACAAGUGGUAAAGAUUCUGUUUCAAAGGACGAUAUUGAUUAUCUAAAUCCAUUUAUAGUACAGAAACUAGUGACAGAAAUACCACUGCUCGAACCGGACUCCAGAGUAACAGAGCCUGUUGACCACCACACCAGUGAUGCAACUCUCCCAGAGGAGCCUCCAGUUUCAGGCAGCUACGAUUACCCAUUAGCCACAGCGGGUUUGUCCACUGCAGAAUCCCAAGAGCGCAACUCCAGUGCAACGCUGUCUUCAGAGGACUCGUCCGGACAGUCCAAGGAGUACAAACGCAUUGAAGUCCGCUACACCGACCAUGAUCGGCGCCAUCACAGGGACUCGCAUCACGGGAAGAAGAGUCGACAUCACGACCGGGAACGGGAGAAGUACGAUCGUAACCACGACGACAAGUACAGGGACCGGAGCCGUCACCAUGGACACUCGGACGAUCGGCAUAGUGAGAAGAGGAAAGACAGGCACCACAGUGAAGACUACAGACACAAGGACAAGGACAAGCACAGGCACAGACGGGACUCUGAUUAUGAAAAUGGUCGACGAAGUUCAAGGGACAGCUACUCUUAAUUAUUUUGUGUUUUUAAAAUGACUGAAAUGCUUUGCUCAGAGAUGGCUCAACAUUUUAUUUGGUGAUUUACCUUUUAAAAAGUUUUUUGUAAUUGGCAGUACAGCCAAAAUGAGAUAUUACUUCAAACAUUUUCAGAAAUGCCCUUUUAAGAUCCCAAAUGUUCAGUUUUGAAAGAAAUGGUCAGGUUUUUAACAUUUCUAUUGUAUAUAGGUUCAUACUGAGCUGUUGUGCAAAAAACUAUACAUCACUUCCAGACUGAUGGCAACAUGUGGACCACUUUAUUCAUACUCAGUUAUCUGGCAUUAAUGUUACAACACUUAAAGCUUUGCUUUGAUUCAGAUUUUGUUUUAAAUAUUUUUAAAUAUCUUUAUAAAGACAUGUACAUUUUGGCUUGUAAAAUACAUGAGGAAUGAAGUGUCCUUUGCACUGUCUGUCUAUGUACAGUUCGUAAUAAAGCUAAUCCUUUUUUAUUGUCAGGCAUAAAAAUAUUUCACAAAUAUUAGAUCAUUGUAUUUUGUUAAACAUAGGUUAUUUAAUUUAUCCCCAAAGUUUAUUUUUUGUAACUAAGAAAAACGAUUCACAUAAAAAUGUCAUAUUUCACUCAACUUAACUGCAGCCAACACAUUUUCUUUAUUGACAAUAAACUCUAAUGGUGCCAGCUUUA